UAUCAUCAUGUGAAAAUAGGCGACCUGUUUAAUGGACGGUAUCACAUAAUCCGGAAGCUGGGAUGGGGUCAUUUCUCUACUGUUUGGUUUGCUUGGGACAUACAAGGGAAGCGUUUUGUGGCCAUGAAAGUGGUUAAGAGCGCAGAGCACUACACUGAAACGGCACUCGAUGAGAUCAAGCUCCUGAGAGCGGUCAGGAACACAGACCAGAACGAUCCCAGCAGGGAGAAAGUGGUGCAGUUAUUGGACGACUUCAAGAUCUCGGGCGUGAAUGGAACCCAUGUAUGUAUGGUGUUUGAAGUUCUCGGCCACCAUCUGCUGAAGUGGAUUAUCAAGUCCAACUACCAGGGCCUUCCGCUGCCGUGUGUCAAGAGCAUUAUUCGGCAGGUUUUGCAAGGCCUGGAUUACCUGCACACCAAGUGUAAGAUCAUUCACACGGAUAUAAAGCCUGAAAACAUCUUGAUGGAUGUGAAUGAGGCGUAUGUCAAAAGACUGGCAGCAGAGGCCACAGAAUGGCAGAAAUCUGGAGCUCCGCCACCUUCAGGAUCUGCAGGUGACAGCAAGCACUGCUCUGCUUAUUUAGGGAUUAUUAACAGGCUAUUUUUUACAGCUGUGGGGAAGAUCUCCAAAAAUAAAAAGAAAAAGCUGAAGAAGAAGCAGAAGCGGCAAGCAGAGCUGCUGGAAAGACGCAUGCUGGAGAUCGAAGCUCUGGAGCGAGAGGCGGAGAAGCAGAGAUCCAGCGGAGCGUCAGACUCGACACACGGUCCCAGCCUGGCGCUGGCGGACAGCGAGGAGGAUGAAGAGGAUGAUGAGGAUGAGGAAGAGGAGGCAGAGGGAGAGAAGGAGCGGCCUGUCAGACUCACCAACCAUACAUGUGCAGAGCCAGAUCAGGAUCAAGAUCAGGAUCAGGAUCAAGAUCAAGAUCAAGAUCAAGAUCAGGAUCAGGAUCAGGAUCAGGAUCAAGAUCAGGAUCAGGAUCAGGUUCAAGAUCAAGAUCAGCAUCAGCAGGAAAUACAGGAGAAUGAGGAAGGUUGUGACAUCCUUGCCGCCGCAGAUGGUCUUGCUGAAGAAGAGUCACACACACGCACACACACUCCACCUGAGCGACAGGACACUCCUGAGAAUGAGAACGAGUGUGAAAACUCAAAAGAACAUGAGCAGGAUGGAAAUGAAGCUGUGAGAGAGGAAGAGGAAGAGGAAGAGGAGAAUAAAACAGAGGAAGAGGAAACGGAAACGGAAGGCACACUCUCACAGAGCGCAGAGGACGAGACGAAGACACACGAGUGUCCAAAUGAAGAAGAAGCAGAUCCACCUGAAGAAACGAUAGAGAAACAAGAAAAUGAGGAGGAGGAGGAAGAGGAGGAAGAUGAAGAUGAAGAAUAUGAGGAAGAGGAGGAGGAGGAGGCGGAGGAUGAAGGCCAGAAACCAUCCAGCAAGGAGCACACUGAAGUGUGUAAAACGAACGGUCACGUGAUCUUGAGUGCACAGGAGCGUCUGUCCUCACCUCUGCUCUGUCCUCUGGUGGAGUCUGAGAUCAGUACAACUGACCGCGACGCUUCGGACGCCUCGUACGAGCUUUUCAACGGAGAGACCUCGCUGACGAACGGAGCACGGCACCGCGGCACCACGCCACGCUUCCCAGAGCUUCCUCUGGAUCCUGAGCCUGACGACUGUCCUCUGGUGGAGUCUGAGAUCAGUACGACUGACCGCGACGCUUCGGACGCCUCGUACGAGCUUUUCAACGGAGAGACCUCGCUGACGAACGGAGCGCGGCACCGCGGCACCACGCCACGCUUCCCAGAGCUUCCUCUGGAUCCUGAGCCUGACGACUGCGAGCGCAACGAGGCCCAGGCGCUCAACACCGACCGCAGCCGAACGGUGUCAUCGUCCAGCACCGGAGACACGCCCAAAGUGAGGGUCAGAGCAGCCGAUCUUCUGGUGAAUCCUCUGGAUCCGAGGAACGCAGACAUUCUGAGAGUCAAAAUCGCCGAUCUGGGCAAUGCAUGCUGGGUGCACAAGCACUUCACUGAGGACAUCCAGACGCGGCAGUACCGCUCCAUCGAGGUGCUGAUCGGAGCGGGAUACAGUACUCCUGCUGAUAUAUGGAGCACGGCCUGCAUGGCGUUUGAGCUGGCCACCGGGGACUAUCUGUUUGAGCCACACUCUGGUGAAGACUACUCUCGUGAUGAAGAUCAUAUAGCUCACAUCAUAGAGCUUCUCGGCUGCAUUCCUCGUCACUUUGCUCUUUCUGGAAAAUAUUCCCGAGAAUUCUUCAACCGGAGAGACCACAUCGCUCUGAUUAUGGAGUUACUGGGAAAAAUCCCCCGCAAGAUCUUCGCAGCUGGAAAAUACAGCCGUGAGUUCUUCUCAAAAAAAGGUGAACUGAGGCACAUCACCAAGCUCAAGCCCUGGUCUCUGUUUGAUGUUCUUGUGGAGAAAUACGGUUGGUCAGCUGAGGAUGCUGGUCACUUCACACACUUCUUGCUGCCCAUGCUGGAGAUGGUGCCGGAGAAACGGGCCUCUGCCUCAGAAUGCCUCAACCACCCCUGGCUGAACUCGUAGCACUUUGGCCCCUCAGACUCAUCGACCCCUGCGGCCCCGUCCUGACCUUCAGCCUGCUGCCAUCAGAGAGAAAGAGCCAGAGAGAGGAGGCUUCAGAGGGGCGAGGGCGGGCUUCGGCACACACACACACACUCAGACACACACUCACACUGAAACACGCACAUACACAAACUCACAAACAUUUACUCAUUCAUACACACACUUGCAUACUCACAACCACUAACACUAAAACACUCGCACAAAAGCUUCAUUCAGUCUGCGUCAGCCUCAUUCAACUAAACUUUACACGCAGAAAACAGAAAGAAAUAAUUUCAUCAGAUAAAAUAUAUUCUAUUCCUUUAUUUGAUUAAAUAUCAUGAUAUUUCAUUUAAAGAAACAAGAGUGUGGAUCAGUGGCGGCAUGUACUCGUGCCUUCAGCUAAACUCUUGUGAACGUCCUAGCAAAACAAAUAAUUGUACAUUUACAAACAUUACAAAUUCAAACAUUUACAAACAUUACGGACUCAGUGACUGUGAGUAUGAGAGUCACCGUGUGUGUGUGUGUGUGUGUGUGUGAGAGAGAGAGAGUGAGAUUGUGUGUGUGUGUGAGAAAGUGAGAUUGUGUGUGUGUGUGAGAGAGUGAGAUUGUGUGUGUGAGUAUAAUUUGUGUGUGUAUGUGUGAGAGAGUGUGUGUUUGUGAGAAUGUGAAAUUGUGUGUGUGUGUGUGUGUGUGCUAGUCGGUGUUUCUGACAGGAAGCCCACCUGAGUCCCUCUGCAUGAAGCCCCGCCUCUUUCAUCCCACCAUCCAAUCAGAUUUUGCAGUGGAGCUGUUUACAAACCUCACCCCUCUCUCUCUCACACACACACACACACACUGCCCUGGGAAAUAUGAAUCCAGAAGACAAAGAGACGCUUGGUUUCGUGGAGCGCAAGCACCAGAGAUUGUUGGAUUAAUGUUUUGAUUCGAAGCUUCGGUUCCUGGUUCUGCGGCGGGCUCUGCUCUUUCUCCGGCAGGACGGCCAUGGCUGCACUUGUGUUUGUACUUUUUGUUCAGGGAAACGUACCGAUUUACAGAGAUCCAGCAAACUGUCCAAAAAACUCGCAACUGCUUGAGCUCAAGAUAAACACGCGGUCGUCAUGGAGACGCGCCGCAGCAGUUCCUGUGGCCUCGCGCUACUCAAAACACAUCUUCUUUCGUCAUCGUCACAGUUAGUCCAGUUGCCUAUUUUCGCAAUAAAAGUAGAUGGUGAAAUAUUUUUAAAAAUAUUUAAAUUCAUUUAAAAGAAAAGCAGUUCUCUGAUGUUGUGACAGUGACAGAGUUUAGUCGUAAUAAGGUGAUUGUGUUUCGUCUAUUCUGAGAUGUUUUAUUUCCUUUGUUUUGGUUUUUAUUCAGUUGUCUCUUCCUUCAUGACAUUGACUCGUGCUGCUCUGUGAGGACUCGUGUGACAGUCAUGAAUUUUAUUGAAGAUUUUUGCAAUAAUAGCGAUAUGAUGAUGAACUUUUGCACCGGAAGCUCCAGAUGUGUCUCACGCUGACUGUUCUUCCCAACUCCACAAAUGCGUCUUUGUUUUUCAUUGACAGAUUUAAUAAAAUUGUAAAUUAAUGGA